AUGUCUUCUUCAGGUGAAAGCACUAAGAGAGUAUCCCCUAGAAGGGAGCAAAUUAGGGGUCCAAGGCCUCGACCUCUGUAUGUAGGAGUAGGAACAGAUUCCUGUAAGAUCAAGAAGCCAGUAGCUGAUCAACGUCGUCCGCCGGGGCCGGUGGUGAUACACCUAAAGUCACCAGAGAUUAUUCAUACUAGACCACAGGAUUUUAUGGCUCUUGUUCAGAAUCUAACUGGGAAAAAAGUUUCAUCUGGAUCUAUUAGUGCUGCUGCUGAUCUGGUUGAUGACUCCAGCUGCAAACCUUGUGAAAUUUCGUCUCAGAACGAUGAGAUUGAGAUUUUCUCAAGAAGUUUUGAUUCAAUCAGGGACCCUCAGGACAAUAAGGUUGAGGUGAGUACCUCACUUUUUGCUCCUAAACUACCUCCUUCAUGGUCUGCUAGCCCUCCAUCAAUGUCUGCAAAUUUCUCUCUACCAGCUUCUCCAAUGAUCACCUACUCUGAAUGGCAUGAAUUCAGCCCAAUACUUUAG